AUGCCUUCAGAAUCAAAAUAUCAAAAGCAACAAACACAACCACGCGACGCCAAAAUCAUUUCCCUUAUACUCCAAUCGCUGGGUGUUGAGCAGUACGAUCCCAAAGUCGUCGUUCAGUUACUGGAAUUUGCGCAUCGGUAUACUAGCGAUGUACUACAGGAUGCUCUAGUCUAUGCAGAACACGCGAACAAAAACGAUCUUGAUCUGGACGAUGUGCAAUUGGCUAUACAAGGACGAGUCAACCACUCUUUCACCAACCCACCACCCAAAGAACUUUUGCUUGAACUUGCUGAAGAAAAGAACAAGAUACCAUUGCCAUUGAUCCCUGAAAAGUAUGGCAUUCGUCUUCCAAAUGAAAAGCAUUGCUUGACAGGCCUCAAUUUCUCCAUUGUUCCCGAUGCACCACCUCCACCACAACCCAUUGUCGAUCAACCUGGCUCAUCCAGUCAACCCUCCAUGGCAUCACCAGAUACUGAAACACCCAUGCAAAUAGAUCAGUCAUCACAACAGCAACAACCCACUGAUACUGCUGGAGCCAAACGAGGGAGAAGUGCUAUGGAAGAUGAUGAUUAUGAUUUUUAG